UCAUAUUGAUGAAUAUAUGAACUCAGAAAAGUGGCUGGAGACAUGCAGUCUGGAGAGCUGUGGACUCUCUCUCUCUCACCUUCUCUCUCUCUGCACUACUACUCUUAUGCCUGAGAGAGGAGAUGGAGUGUGCAAACAGAUGCACAUCAGCACUGAGUCACUCAAUGACUUCGAGGAACAGCUUUACAUAGCCAUUGAGAUGUACCAUGAUCAAAUAAAGUGGCUCACUCAAGGAAGCAAGAAGGUGUUUGGAGUGUUAAACGGAUCCCGAGUUGGAGUUCUUGUUGACACGUCUGAUUUGAACUGCUCUGAAGAGAGGCUACCAGAUCUACAGCAAGAUCUCUUAACUCUCAUUGAAGAGCAACUAAGCUUAAAGAAUCAACUGCAUCUACUAUCCUACGGCACAGAAGUUAGCAGUCUUUGGGAAGAGCCGGCAUAUACCUGCCCACUAAGGCUCACGGAGAGUCGGGCGUGGGUUAUGCAGCUGCAGGCGAGUGGAGGCUGUGACCUCCUACAGGCGGUGCAGAGGGUGAUGACCCACACACAGCUGGACACACUACUCAUCAUCCUGGGCUCCUGCCCUGAUCAGACAGUAGACGUUAUAUGUGAUUAUUUAGCUCAGAGGAGAAUGCCAUCUGUUCAUGCGGUCGCCUACAACUGCAGCAGUCCAGUCGCCAUUGAGACUGUGAAGCGAAUGGCAGCAGUUACCAGUGGAAAACAUCACUUGUAUUUUGCUGCACUGGGUGUAGUAGAUAAUAGUACAGAUGUGGAGCUGCUCUGGGCGGAGAUUAAAGCAGCGCGGGAUGUUCUUGCCCAAAUUCAGAGCAUGCGUCAGGGUCAACUCGGAGACAGAGCUGUCACUGUCACUGAGUCAGAGAUCUCUGCAGGUUUGGACAGUGUCUCUCUUUCUGACCCCGUUGCUGUAACAUGUGCUCUCAGUGCACCACUAUACAUCCAGUCCACAGGCCCAGCAGCCACCAGCUCCAGUGAAUGGCUGAAGAGCCACGGCCUGAAGGCUCAGAAGCUGGACUUGUAUCAGUUGCUGGCUCGUAAUGCCUAUUCUCCACAAGAGAUGUUUGUGCCAAUCCUGGGAAAGACUGUUUCCUCUACAGUCCAUGAGCGGGUCAUGGUGCAGUUUGAGUGGCACGAUGGAACGGUGAAGAAUUUGCAUGUGGAUCUUCCAUCAUUGGAAAAGUACCAGAGGAGGCUCAUGGGUGCUGUGCGUCUGUGUGAAAGGAGAGUUCAGUGGCUGAACAGGACAGGCAGUAGGCAGAUAUGGGGAACCGUGUGUGAGCAGAGGGUGCAGAUUCUUGUGGAUAUGUCUGGGAAGAAUGCCCACUACCAGCUCCACAUCCAGCAUGCCCUCCGACUACUGCUGCAAGAACAACUGGUUAAUAAACACAGCUUCAAUGUCAUUGUUUUUGGAACAGAUGUGCAGUCAUGGCAACAGAAGAUGGUUCCCCCCACUCAUAAAAACUUGCAAGCUGUUUGGCAGUGGAUUCUGGGAAUGGAGUGUGUCGGGGGUUGUAAUACUCUGGCUGCUCUACGGCGUGCUCUAGAGGAGGAACCAUGUGAAGAUUCAUUGCUGACUCAUGGAGUAUACCUCCUCACCACCGGCUUGCCUGAUCAGGAGAUGGUUUCUGUCACUGCCUAUGUGUCUGAGCGCUGCAGCAUAGUAAACCUGAAUCUCCACGUAUGCCUGUUCACUGGAGAGGACAUUCAGAGCUGCCCUCCGUCCUGUUACGCCACCCUUGCUGACACCGCACGGCCCCUGCGUAAUCUAGCACAUGCGGGCAAUGGACGAUUCCUUUGGAUGACUGAGAUGGGCAUCGUGGAGAGUGAUGACAUCACUGUUCUAAUUGGAGAAAUGGAGACAGCCGCUAAUUAUUUUCAGAAGUGCUCUGACUUAGUGGACUCUCUGAUUCAGAAGGGAUCCAGCAGAAGUUCAGGAGAAAGUCUGUUUCAGGAGAUGAGUACCUCAACCAUCCAACCCCAGUCCCACAGAGCAAAACUGCCACCUCCAAGACCCACAGCACUCAGUCGCGCUAGACUGGUAAGCAAGCAGAAGAACAGGUCUGCAGAGAGCAGACUGGCUUGGAGGCCGAGCAGCUCUAAAGCAGAUAUCCCACCAGUCCAAUCAGCUGAUAUCAACAGACCAGCAUGUUCAUCAAAGUCUGCUGAUCAGAGGAGAACCAAAGCAUCAGAGUCUGUCUUCUACAUGGAAGAUGGCUACUUAGGUGUUGUCUUCACGAAAUAUCCCAAACCAAAGAGUGUGCGUAAGUUGAUAAAUACAGUCGUUAAACUGCCGAAACAUGAGGACAUCUGUUCAACUAAACAGUGGCUGAGAAGGUUUGGUUUGAAGAAUCUGAAGUUGGACCUUCAUAAACUGCUGUCUGGACCCGAAUGCUCCCAUCACAACACACUAGUGCCAUCUGUCCACAAGAGAGUGUCUGCUAAAUACUGUGCCAUAUUCCCCAGUGUCCACAUCAAUGGGACUGUGAAACACUUGCAUGUGACUCCUGGUGAGUUGAAGCAGUACCUGAAUCAGACUGAGAAACUGAUGCAGCGCUACAGCCAGAGGAUGGAGUGGUUACUGACAGGCAGCAGACAUAUGUUUGGCUCAGUGCUGGAGAAAGCAGUCUGUAUUCUGUUGGAUGUGUCUGGAUCUAUGACCGCCUAUCUUCCUGAACUCCAGACAGGACUGGCUUCACUGAUCUGGGACCAGCUGCAUGCCAACAACGUCAGGUUUAAUGUGUUGGUGUUCUCUGAAGAGGUGAGGAUGUGGCAGACAGCACUGGUUCAGUCCAGUGAGGAGCUGUGUAUGGAUGCAGUUCAGUGGUUGAAUCAGCUCAGCACACAUGGAGGUUCAUCCACUCUACAAGCACUGCAGGCAGGUUGUAGUUUUGAAGAUGCUGAGGGUCUGUAUCUGAUCAGUGAUGGCAGGUCUGACUCCAGCCACAGUCUGAUCCUGAGAGAAAUAGACACACUGAGACAAGAGAAAGACUUCACCAUUCACACCAUCACACUCGACUGCCACGACAGAGCAAGCAGUGAGUUUCUGAAGUGUCUGGCCCAUAAAACGGGUGGUCGAUUCCAUCAGGCUCCCGACAGUACAGAUACUGCUGUUGUCAGAAAACUCCUUUCAGAUCUCUGCAGUGCAGAUCUAGUGCUUCCAACAUUUGAGGGGGAUGAUAUGAGGAGACUAGCAGAAGAGAUUGAGAAGCUGAGAUUCUUUCAGAAACAAGCCAAAACUUUCAGGGAAACUAUUCUGGAGUGGAAGAAUCUGGAGUGAACAUAGACACUGAUCUCCAACACUGUUCAAAUAAUUACACCUUUAGUCAAAUCCAGACCUUUUAUCCAGACCUGUGUUCACUGCUUAUAAUUGAUUAACAGCAGUUUCACUGGGCCACAAACAAUGGUUUGAUAUUUUUAUGUUACCUUUUUUAAACAAAAAUUGUUUUAAUGUUUUGUGAAUUGUACUGUUUCGGUUUAAAUUGGGCUGAAAAGCCAUUAAAUUGCCUAUAAUAUGUCUGAAAUACAAACGUGUGGAAAAUGGCUUUUUCCCCCUUCACACAGGAUUUCUCAUAUUUCAAGGUAUUAUUCUGAAAUGUAUUUAAUUUGAUUUGAUUUAUUUGACAAUAAAAAGUUAAAUGAAUCACAACUCAAAUUGU